AUGUUCAAACUUAUUUCAUGUUCAACUUCUGCAGGGAGUCGAGAGGAAGGAGAAUUGCCAGCUGAUGCUGCUUCUCCCGGAGGUAUGGAAAUUGAGGAAACAAGCUUCGUCCAACAAAUGCAUGAUGCUCUGAAGGAAGGAUCGGCUGAUGUUCCACCCACUCCUGACGUUGAUCCAUCAGCUGCGGACACAGUCAAAUUAAAAGAAGCAGGUACCAGUAGUGGAGCUCUCGAAUCAGCCCCGACCAACGAAGAUGUCACAAUGCACGAAUCUGUUGGAGGAGAGACCACGCAUACAACAGAGGUCGAGGAAUUCAAUGAACAUCACCUCGAUUUCAAUCUCUCUGAAGGCGACCAUGAGUAUAUCUCCGACUUACUAUCGGGGGAAACUCCUGGUGCAGCCACGGAAUCCAGCGUUGGAGUCGGUCCAACAGAAGCAGGUCCUUCUGAAAGACCAGUUGCUGGAACUGAUACUACUAUAAUCAUUGGUACGUCUGAUCGACUGGAGAGUAGUGAACUUGUGCCGUGGACAAGAACCGAAGUUGAUUUGCAAUCAUCAGUUCUUGAACCUCAACCUUCUACUCCUAUGGACCCCAUGAUGAUAGAAGUCACUGUCACUCCCCAGAUUAGUCCAGUUGCAACAAAAGCGAGACCAACUGAAGAAGUUGGUACAUCGGCCGAUGUUGUGACUAGAAUUGAAUCUCCUCUUAAAGAGUCUCUUAGUUUGGACCCGCCGUCCUCUGAGACUUUAGUUGAAAAAGUCCCUGAUGUAGCGGGUGCAUCAACAGCUACCAUUCCUGAACCAAUCUUGACUGUUCAGGAAUCCAGAUUACCAUCCUUGAGCGAACCAAGUCAUGCUGAAGGUUCUUCCGUCGAAUUUGUUCCUUCAUCAUUAUCAACUCAAAUCCAAGCGUUAUUGGUUGAUGACGAUCCGGACAAGUCUGUUAUCUGCUCUAAUCUCCAAGGCUUCAUCUCCUUUUUGAACUCUAUGGUCGAUCGCAUUCUCUUCAAAAGAUCGUAUUUUGAGAAUUAUAAAAAAUCUUUUGAGCGUUUUAUAUCAGGGUUCAGAGAGGAAGGGUAUAACGACUUAGCUGAUUCAGUCACCGCUUAUUUGAUUGAGUUGAGACAACAUAUUGAACUUCUGCAAACUCUUCGCACCAAAGGCGUACCUUUUUACAUCGCUUCUCAUAUGGAAUCCAGGCUGCAAGCGUGGCGUAAUUCUCAAGAAUCUGCCAACUCUGAACUCCAACAAUUAAGAGCCCACAGUCAUCAGCUUAGGGUGAAUGUUGGCAAAAGAACACAAGCCAAGGUCAACCUACGCCGAGAUAUAAAAUCGAGUCGAGCGGAAAUAGCUCGCUUAGAGGAGGAACUUGCAAUGGCCAAGGAUGCUCUUGAUGUCUUGGAGUCUGAGUUGACGCAGGAAAUUCAUGUUGAGGAAGUGAAAACCUCUUGUUCUCCAUCAGAAAGUGAUAAAGCUGCUAUCCGUUCAUCAUUCUUCUCGGGGAUUGCUGAGACUCCAUAA